CCUUCCAAAAAAAUUUUAAAAAACUAAGUGGUACAAAAUGUUUCAAAUAAUCCCCUGACAUGUUUCUGAUAGAAAAAAUGCAAUUCCAUUGGGUGCGGGAAACCUACCUUAUCCGCCCUCCUCCUUUACUACAAUUCAAUUCCGUUAAACGCUACACGGUAGAAGAAGCGAUGAGACAUUCAUAUUUCGAAACAUAUUAUUCAAAUGAGGCCAAUGAUAACGAAAAUGAAUUAGAUGACGCGCUAAAUUUUAGAAGUUUUGAUCAAAUACAUGAUUUAAGUGUAUUAAAAUGUUUAACGUGUAAUCUAGCAAAACAUAUUACAAAUAAAGACAAUGAUAUUUAGUUCAUAUCAAUUGUCAUGUACAAAUAACUAACCGUUUAAACUAACAGUUUGGCUUUAUUUGCGGAUUUGGUAGGUUUUUGUGAUGCAGAUUCGAUUAUUAUUCAAUAAGUUACUUUCGGAAACUAUCCUCUAUUCAAACGCUGCACAUGUGAAAAUGUGAGCUACAUACCAUUCGAUAAAUCAGCUCAAGGCCUUGAGGGCCACACAGUCAAUCGACUACCUUUCAAAAUUCAGUUUAUACUUUAGCUCGAAAAGCCUGAAAAAUAUUCAGACUCGCCCUUCGAGCAUCAAAUUAUUCAUGAUCUUUUAUCACCCUUGAAAAUGUCUUUACUUUAUUUAUCAACAAUUUAAAUAGUCAUUAGAAGGUUCAAACAAAAUCAUGCAAAAUAUGUUAGUUAAUAAAGCCUAUAUAUUCAAAUUAUGUGAUUUCGGAAUAUGUGGAGAACUAAAAAAUUCGGCAAUAUCAACAAACAUUGGUACAAUCCAAUAUUAUCCAGUAAUAAUGAUUUAGAAUAACAUACAUCAGAUACUUUAUGUCUCCUUGAAAUUAUUACUAUUUUAGCCUGAAAUAUUACUAUUAGAUCCAAAACCGUACGAUAUCCGGUCAGAUAUGUGGGCACUUGGAAUUAGUGUGAGAGAAAUAGCUUCUGGCACACAUCCAUUCUGCAAUAUGCAAGAUUAUGAAUUAUAUGACAAAAUUAAAACACGGAUGCCAACUGUGCACUCGAUAAUUUCCGAAGAAAUGGCAACAUUGACAAUGCAACUGUAUGUUGGAAAUCUGAACAUUGUUAACAAGAAAGUACACCCAUCAUUAGAUUAUCAUUUAGCAAAAAUAGCUAAUUUAAAACCCUAUCGUCUCAAUCAAUCGUCCACUGUCCACAUUGAACAGAAUGAGAUAACAGUGAAAAAAUCAAUGUACAGUGAAUAUGUUGACAAUUGUGAGAUUCGACAGCGAUUUAAUUUGAAUGAAAACGACUCGAUUGAGUAUUUUUCGACGUUAUAUAUAAAAGAUAUUCGAUUUACCAUUGAUACUCUAAUCGAACAGAAAAAUAAAACCGAUUGUGUCGUUUUAUUUAAAUUAGGACAAACAGAAAAAUCCAGUCAGAUUACAGCAAUUUUUCGUACGAAACAACAAAUAUUUUUGAAAUUCAUUCCGUUAGAUAUAACAGAAAAAUUAUCGGUGACUAUCAAUAAUGAAAAAAUAUCAGUGCCGAACUUAAUGAUAGAACGAUUAUUGACGAACAAUCAAUUCUAUCUGAAGCCACAAAAUUUGAUAGAAAAACUGUCAAUAUAUUACGAUCAAAGUUCGAACAGACAUGUUUUUCUUCGCUUUCCAACACUAGUCGAAAGCACUUGA